AUGGCAGAGUCUAGCCUCUUCAUAUACAGACAUAAUAAUCAAGUGAUUUAUGUUGUUCUCUAUGUAGAUGACAUUCUUUUGAUAGGUACUGAUGCUAAUUUGGUUGGUGAGAUUGUUCAUAAGCUGAAUAUUGAGUUUGCUUUGAAAACUUUGGGGUCACUUAAAUACUUUCUAGGCUUUGAGGUUGACCGAAAUGAUUCAAGUCUCUAUAUGAGUCAGGCAAAAUAUGAUAGGGAUCUCCUAGUUAAGAUUGGAAUGAUGGACUCAAAACCAUGUUCAACACUUAUGGCAGUUGGUAACAAAUUGACUUUUGAAGAUAGUGAUCUCUUUGACAAACCAGCCCUUUAUAGAAGCACCAUCAGAGCCCUCCAAUAUCUAACAUUAUCUCGGCCUGAUAUAGCAUACUAUAUAAACAAAUUAAGUCAACUUCUUAAGGCCCCAACUCAAUUACAUUGGCAAGCUUAUAAAAGGCUUCUUAGAUACCUCAAAGGCAUUACAAAUUUUGGUAUCCCAUUCAGUAAAAUUUCCAGAUUUCAUUUGGGAUGCUUCACUAUUGCUGACUGGGCAGGUAAUAUUCGGGAUAAAAGGUCCACAAGUGGGUGUUGUUUGUUCCUUGGCUCAAAUUUGUUGCACUAG